GCACACACAUGAUCUAAGAAUUCAUCAGCUGCAAGUGAGAGUAAAUGGCUGGGAAGAAGUCAGUCCAGUAUCGGUAGACAAAGUUGGAACGUUUUUCCGAUACGCUGCACCAGACAAGAACUCAUCCUCUUCUACUCUUGGAAGCCCAAUAAGUAGAACAAAUAUAAUACAUCCACAAGUCUAUUUUUCUUCAUUGCCUCCAGUUCGUGUAGUAUUUGAAGUUACUAUGGAAGGUAGUGCUCGGAAAGUGAUAACAGUCCGUUCAGCCUUGAUUGUGAAGAACAAGCUGGAAACACCAAUGGAGCUUAGACUAGAUAGUCCUUCUGCUCCUGACAAACCUGUAGUUCUUCCAGCAGUUAUGCCAGGAGAUUCCUUUGCUAUUCCAUUACAUCUUACAUCUUGGCGUUUGCAAGCCAGGCCAAAAGGAAUGGGAGUGUUUUUCUGUAAGGCUCCAAUUCAUUGGACUAAUGUUCAGAAGACAGCAGAAGUAUGUAGCAGCAAGCGAGAGUGUCACUCAAUGGAGUCUGAAAAUAGCCGAUUUUUCAGGUUUUGUGUGGCUAUAAAGAAAGAAAAUUACCCGGAUUACAUGCCUUCCAGCAUAUUUUCUGACAGUGCCAAACAGAUUUUCAGACAGCCUGGGCAUACUAUUUAUCUCUUGCCGACGGUGGUAAUCUGUAACUUGCUACCUUGUGAACUUGAGUUCUAUGUUAAAGGAAUGCCAAUCAAUGGGACGCUAAAGCCUGGCAAAGAGGCAGCGUUGCACACAGCUGAUACAUCUCAGAACAUUGAGCUUGGGGUGUUGCUAGAAAACUUCCCAAUCUGCAAAGAGCUGUUGAUUCCUCCUGGCACACAAAACUAUAUGGUGCGGAUGCGAUUAUAUGAUGUCAACAAACGACUGCUAAAUUUGACCAUAAGGAUUGUAUGUCGUGCUGAAGGUUCUCUAAAAAUACUAAUUUCAGCACCAUAUUGGUUAAUCAACAAAACAGGAUUACCGCUUAUCUUCAGACAAGAUAAUGCAAAAACAGAUGCUGCAGGUCAGUUUGAAGAACAUGAGCUUGCUAGAAGCCUCAGCCCACUUCUGUUCUGUUAUGCUGAUAAAGAACAGCCAAACUUUUGUACAAUGCGGGUUGGAAAAGGAAUCCAUCCUGAAGGUAUGCCUGGCUGGUGCCAGGGUUUCUCCCUGGAUGGUGGUAGCGGUGUCAGAGCCCUUAAGGUGAUCCAGCAUGGAAACCGGCCAGGCCUCAUUUAUAACAUUGGUAUUGAUGUUAAAAAAGGUAGAGGCCGUUAUAUUGAUACGUGCAUGGUAACAUUUGCACCCCGUUACCUAUUGGACAAUAAAUCAACCUACAAGCUUGCCUUUGUUCAGCGGGAAUUUGCCAGAGGUCGGGGAACAUCCAAUCCUGACGGCUAUAUCUCCGUCGUGUUCCACUGGCCACGUAACGAUUAUGAUCAACUAUUAUGUGUGAGACUAAUGGAUGUCCCAAACUGCAUUUGGUCUGGGGGCUUUGAGGUCAACAAAAAUAACUCGUUCCAUAUUAAUAUGAGGGACACCCUGGGAAAGUGUUACUUCUUAAGAGUAGAAAUUACUCUUCAAGGAGCCACGUACCGCAUUGCGUUCAGUGACACAGAUCAGUUACCUCCACCUUUCCGCAUAGACAAUUUUUCUAAGGUCCCAGUUGUUUUUAAUCAGCACGGUGUUGUUGAGCCAAGACUGUACACUGAAGUGAAGCCCAUGACCUCUCUGGAUUAUGCAUGGGAUGAACCUGUCCUGCCACCUUUUAUAAUGCUGACAGUUAAGGGGGCCGGCUCCUCAGAAAUCGUCUGUAGCAUGAAUGACUUCCAAGAUAGCAAGCAGCUUUACUAUGAAAACUUCAUUUAUAUUGCUGCUACAUAUACUUUCUCAGGUUUACAGGAACCAAGUGUAAGACCAGUUGCUUCAAAUAAGGAUGCUGCAUAUGCAGAGCUUGUCCUUGAUGUUUCUCCAAAGACUCAACGAGUUGUACUGAAAAAGAAGGAGCCAGGAAAACGAUCCCAGCUUUGGAGAAUGACGGGCACAGGAAUGCUUUGCCAUGAAGGUUCUUCAGUUCCUCAUAACCCCCAUAAACCUUCUCCUCGGUCUGUGGACUCUUGCAUGAUUUUAGAUAUUGCAGGUCUGGCAGCUGUCACAGAUAACAGGUACGAGCCCCUGAUGUUGAGAAAGCCUGAUCGACGGCGCAGUACUACCCAGACAUGGAGUUUCUGUGAUGGAAAGUUGACCUGUGGUAUUCAUGGACUUGUUGUCCAGGCAAAGGGAGGAAUACUAGGUCUCCAUGAUGGAGCAGAAGUUGUUCUUGGUCCUGAUACCUCACUUGACCUUUUGGGGCCUGUUCCACCUGAACAGCAGUUCGUAAACCAAAAGAUGAGGCCUGGGUCAGGAGUACUAGCUGUUAGAGUCAUCCCGGAUGGGCCAACUAGAGUUCUGCAGAUAACGGAUUUUAACCAACGUAGAAAUGAUCGUUUAUCCAGUGAAGGAGAUGGACUUCCAGUUACGGAACAAGAUCUACGCAAGUUUAAAAACCCAGAUACAGAGCAGGAAUUAGAAGUGCUUGUGAAACUGGAAGGUGGAAUAGGAUUAUCUUUGGUCAACAAAGUUCCUGAAGAGCUAGUGUUUGCAAGCCUCACAAGAAUUAAUGUCCACUACACACAAUUGUCAACAAGUCAGGUGCUAGAGCUCAGUGUGCAAGACAUACAGGUGGACAACCAGCUUAUUGGUACCACACAGCCUUUUAUGCUCUUUCUGACACCUAAACUGAGUGAAAAUGAACCUGUGGAGACUGGUCCUGCUGUGCAAGUAAAUGCAAUGAAAUUUCCCAGUAAAAAUGCACUGACUGAUAUAUACAAGCAUCUGAUGAUCACUGCUCGAAAGUUCACAGUUCAAAUUGAGGAGAAACUACUUCUGAAGCUAUUGAGUUUCUUUGGCUAUGAUCACUCUGAGUCAGAGGUUGAAAAGUACGAUGAAAACCUCCAUGAAAAGGUUGUUGAACAAGGUGGAGCACAAAAGCGAUACUACUUUGAAAAUCUGAAAAUUAGUGUGCCUCAAAUAAAGUUGAGUGUCUUCACUUCCAACAAGCUACCUUUGGAUCUCAAGGCGUUGAAAAGCACGCUGGGAUUUCCUCUAAUCCGAUUUGAAGAUGCUGUGAUUAAUCUGGAUCCUUUCACAAGGGUCCAUCCAUAUGAAACUCAGGAGUUCAUCAUUAAUGACAUUCUGAAACACUUUCAAGAGGAGCUGCUUAGUCAGGCAGCAAGGAUUCUAGGUUCUGUGGAUUUCCUUGGCAACCCUAUGGGUCUAUUGAAUGAUGUUUCAGAAGGCGUUACUGGACUUAUAAAAUACGGCAAUGUUGGUGGUCUCAUAAGAAACGUCACACAUGGAGUAUCAAACUCUGCUGCAAAG